AUAUCCAUUGAGCUCACUCGCGAGCAGCUCCAUGACGCCUCUAGCGAGCCUUCCGAUGAAGAGGUGAUUGACGCACACCAGGCCGGUCACUCUUCUCGCAUCGCAAAUCAGAUAUAUGGGCUCUCUCAAUCGGUAUCGAACAGACUGUCGUUGUCUAUUGUCAACGAAUGUAUCAAGAACAGCGACCGUUGGUGCCGCGAUGUGCUCCGUCUCAUCCCC